AUGGAGGUCCUCUUUGGCAUUUUCUUCCAGAAGAGUCCUAUCUUAAUUGAACUCUUGUUGGCCAAGGUGGAUGUGCUGGGCGGGCGGCACCUGGUGACCCCCGGCGGCACGUGGGUGGAGGCCGAGGCGGCGCUGCAGAACAAGGUGGUGGCGCUGUACUUCGGGGCGGUCCGCUGCGCGCCCAGCCGCGACUUUACACCGCUGCUCUGCGACUUCUACGUGGAUCUGGUGGAGCAGGCGCGCCGGCCCGCGCCCUUGGCUGUGGUCUUGGUGUCCACCGACAGCAGUGCACAGGAGAUGCAGGACUUCAUGCGUCUGCUGCCCGGCUCCUGGCUUGCUCUGCCCUUCCACCACCCCUACCGGCAUGAGCUGAGAACCAGGUACCACAUCACAGCCACCCCCAAGCUUGUGAUCCUGAAACCCAGUGGGGAGAUCAUCACCGACAAGGGGCAAAAGCAGAUCCAGGAGCAGGGGCGGGCCUGCAUCCAGAACUGAGCGGCGGCUGCUGACAUCUUUCAGAACUUCUCUGGGUGA